UGUGGUUGUUUUUAUUGGAUUUAAUUUUGUUUUAAUUAUAACCAUAGUUUAAAACAAAAAGUAGUAUUAUAAGUUUAAAAACUAAUACGCACAGAAAGUAACACAAUGAAAUUAAUUAUUUGUGUUUUGAUGUUUUUUUGGGGUUCAUUAAAAUCUGAAGAUGUAUUACAAAGCGUGAGCGACGAUGAUAUUUUACAACUCAUAAAAGAUUACGAAAAACUUAUUGUUUUGUUCACUAAACCAAACUGUAAUAUUUGUGACAAGUUUGAAAGUCAUUUAGAAAGUCUGCAAGAGGAUUUCGAAAAGCAUCUUAAUGCUCCAACUGUGAAAGCAGUUAAUAGUCAUUUAGUAAAGCUAUAUAGUCCUACUAAAGAACCUGCUAUUGUCUUUUUUAGACAUGGAAUACCCCUGUUGUAUAAUGGAGAAGCAGAUGAGACUGAUAUUUAUAAUUUCUUAGAAACCAAUCAAACCCCUGCAGUGAAGGAGUUAACUGAUAAAAUAUUUGAACACAUAACACAAGCCGCUACUGGUGCCACCACUGGUGAUUGGUUUGUCAUGUUUUACGGUGCGUCUUGUGUCGAAUGUCAAAGAUUACAUGCUGUGUGGGAAGGAGUGGGGGCGACAUUGCGAGGACGUAUCAAUGUUGCCCGUAUGGAUGCAAAUUUGGCUGGCAUCAACACAGCUAAGAGAUUUAGAGUUACAAAACUUCCAUCAUUUCUCUUCUUCCGUCUUGGUAAAGUUUAUAGGUAUGAUUUGCCAAACAAUGAUAUAAAAUCAUUUGUGUCUUUUGCUCAAGAUUGGUACAAAAAUGUCAAAGGUGAAAAAGUGCCAUUGGUAUCAUCACCAUUUGAUGAAAUUGUUGACUGGUGUGUGGAGAUGAUAAAGUUUGGUGUUGACUUAGGUUUGGAUAUACUAGCAAAAUACCCAUGGUUGUGGCAAAUAGGGGUUGCAGGGUUUGGUUUAGUAGCCCUCACAGCACUCAUAGCCUUAAUAAAGGCUGGCCGAUCCAAACCUGUCAAACAAGUGAAGAAAGAAAAGAAAAGCAAAUAAUAGCCAUUAGUAUAUAGUGUUGAAUAAUAUUGAGAGACAAGAUAAAAUAACGCAUUUAUUUUUAAAAAAAUAAUAUUAAGAAUAGACAGUUUUAUAUUUUUUUAAUGUUGUUUCCAUGUUGUGAUAAGUUAUUUAGAGUGAACUGGAAUAUUUACUAACAAUUAUAGUCUUUCAAAACCAUUUGGCUGCUCACAAGUAUUUCUUUUGACUGAUUUCUGUGACAAAACUUAUUAUGUGAUUUUGCCAUAUUUCGUAUGUACACAAUGCAGAAAGAGCACCAGAUCUUUGUUUUUCUGCAAUCAAUUUGGUGAUUAAACUUU